AUGAAGCACGUGAGCCACCAGCAGGUCAGCCAGCUGCUCCACAACAAAUUCAUUGUGGUGUUGGGAGACUCCAUUCAGCGGGCUGUAUACAAGGACCUUGUUCUGCUGCUACAAAAGGAGAAAUAUCUCACCACAAAACAACUAAAAACCAAGGGUGAGAUGAGCUUCGAACAGGACUGCCUGGUGGAAGGAGGUUGUCUGAGUCAAAUGCACAAUGGGAGUGACUACAAAGAGGUUCGGCAGUUUCAAUCCGCCCACCACCUGGUCCGCUUUUACUUUGUGACGCGCAUCUACUCGCGCUACAUGCAGAGCAUCCUGGACGACUUCCAACACGGACUGAAGCCAGAUGUAGUCAUUGUCAACUCCUGUGUUUGGGAUAUUUCAAGAUACAGUUCCCGUUGGAUUAAUGACUACAAGGAGAACCUAGAUAGGUUCUUUGAUGAGCUGAGGAACAUGCUGCCAGAGGAAACACUGGUCAUAUGGAACCUCACCAUGCCCUUAGGAGAGAGGAUCAAAGGGGGCUUCCUGGUGCCUGAGAUUGAGCACAAAGCUUCCCAUCUGCGCUUUGAUGUGGUUGAAGCCAACUUCUACAGUGGGACUCUGGCUGAUGCCUAUGGGAUGGAUGUGUUGGACCUUCACUUCCAGUUCCGCUUCUCCCUGCAACAUCGUACGAAGGAUGGAGUCCACUGGAACGCCCUCACCCACCGCAGGAUUACCUCUCUUCUGUUACAGCACACUGCACAGGCCUGGGGGGUGAUAUGGCCCAGUGCACUGACAUCUGUUGACUUUGAGAACUGUCCACGGCCACAGAAAUGUCGACGCAAGGUGGUUGAAACAUCCAGACGUCUUGGCCCCCUGCAGCCUGUCCUGCCAGUCUACAGACAUCCGUAUGAAUACAUGCAUGACACACAUGACUACAGGUCUUCCUACCAGCCCUACAAAGAGCAUCAUCCAUAUGUGAUGAGGAACCGGCACAACAGACACCACUACGCUCCAUACACCAAUCAGAGAGCAGCUCAAUACUCCCGUCAUGUCUACUACUACUGA